UACAGUAGAUGCGUAAUUUAAGACCACUUCCUGUUUCCUUCUUUCACCCAUUUCAUAUCCCAUCGGCCGAUUUUGAAAACAUAGAAGAAAAGUGACUUAAAUUCGCCAAAGUGUGUUAUGGCAGAAGGCAAAACGUCUGGACAGACUGUAGCCGUCACUCAGACAGUCACGGACACGGGGGCCAAGAGCCCUUCACUGGUAUUGAAGUUGAAGAAACCAAAGAAUGACAAGAAAGUGAAAUGGACAACAGGGACAGUGGACAAUGAACAUAUGGGAAAGAAAAAAUCCAAAUGUUGUUGCAUUUAUGAAAAGCCAAAAAUAUUUGGGGAAGAUUCCUCCUCUGAUUCUGACUCAGACGGUGAAUGUGAUCAUUGCAGAGGCCACACUCCAAAGGACUUCACACAAAAAGGAGACCCAGGAGACACUUAGCCAGGAAACCAUAACAACAGUGAAGGGGUGUGGCCUGUCUGUCGAUUGAACAGUGGGCAUGGCCUGUCUGUUGAUUGAACAGUGGGUGUGGCCUGUCUGUUGAUAUCAACUUGCUGUAUCUCAUUUUGUAUAUAUUACAUAGAAGUACGUUGAGGUGACUUGUACAUAAAAAGUCUGCAGAUUAUAUGACUGCUUUAUGAAGAACAAGUACUUUAUUGGUUGGAUAUUAAAAUUUAAAUGGUUUCAUAGAGUUUGAGACAGGAUGUGUGCUGUAUAUCAGGGAAAAAAUCUUGCUAUACUAGUUUAAAAUGUCCACUGUGUUGUCAGCAGGAAAUCAUUUCACCAGUUAAAGAUAUCUACUGUGUUAAUUACAGCUGGCUUCAUUGUCCAGAGCUGCAGCAGAUUUGUGAUUGGCUGAUUUGGUACUGUACUCUUCAAAGUCUCUUUAAAACACGAUUGCUUACUGCUCACCAAACAUAACUUUUUGCAGGUGUAGAAUCUCAUAAGAGCUUUAAGUGCAGUGAAUGAAGUGCUAUAAUAACUAUUACACACCAAAUUGUUAGAGAUUGACUAUUACACACCAAAACAAUUGCAAACAUAUAUAUAAUUUGUAAAUAUCAUUGGAAAAAAAGGGAUUAGAGGUAAAAGUUUGCAUAUUUUGUAAAUAUCAUUGGAAAAAAAGGGAUUAGAGGUAAAAGUUUGGAAACAAUUGUCAUAUAAACAGUUGAUUACUUUUCAUCAUAUGUCAUAGUUUGCAGAUACAUUUCAUCUGAUAAAAUUACAAAAUCUUGUAAAAAAAUGUUUAAAGUGUUAUCUGUUGAAUUUAUUUUUAAUGGAUGAACAUAGUAUCAGCUGCCCUCCUUUGACUGUAUUUUGAAGAAUCUUUCAUUUAAAACUUGUGUUUAAAAGGAUCUCAGCUGACACAUGUACUUCUGUUAAUUUAUUAUUAUUAUUAUUUAUUUAUUUAUUAAUUUUUUUAUAAAUAAGACUAUUGUAAUGGAUGUAAUCAGUGAAUAAAAGUAAAAACUGGAUGUUACAUAUAUUUGAGUAUUGGAUAUUUCUUCAUCAGUCUGUCCUUACAUCCACACACAUAUAUGUACAUGC